UUUGUCUUCUACAUAGUAUAGCUUCUACAAAGAAAAAAAUAUUCCAAAAUGGUAACCUCCUGUUAUCUUAAUGAAAUUAAUUACAAAAUCAGCUUCUUUAAUUGUAGAAAACAGACAAAAAGGGCGUUUUGCGGGGUUUUCUCUAUAUCUUUCUAAUACUGUCAACAUAGAAGAUGGUCACUUGUGCUAUAGAGACGGACUACGGUUACCUCCCCUUGACUUCAAAACAACCUGUACUGGACAUGGCUCUUAUGUUGUAUUUUACAACGAACGAUUGGAUGGGACUCUUUAUCCUCAAAAAUAUGAGAUGUUGAUAAUAACGGAAUUAUGUGAAGUGAUAGUAAAAGGUUGUAAAAGGGGAACAUAUGGUACAUUGUGCAACAAGCAUUGCUCUGAACAUUGUGAAGACAAUAAAUGUGAUAUCAUAAAUGGAACAUGUAUGGGAUGUAUGCCUGGAUGGACUGGACAGUUCUGUCAAACACCGUGUGAUAGUGGAUCAUACGGAAACAACUGCCAACUUCGGUGUUCAGGACACUGUAUGAAUGGGCAAACCUGUAACAAGGUGACUGGAAUCUGUGAUAAAGGUUGUGCUUCCGGAUGGACAGGACCAAAGUGUAAUGAACUGUGCUUCAGUGGUCUGUUUGGUGAAAGAUGUAGAUAUCGUUGUAGUGGACAUUGUGCCAAUGAUGAACAUUGUAACCAUGUAGAUGGACAUUGUCCUAAUGGCUGUCAAAAUGGCUAUCUCGGGAGUAUAUGCAACAAAUUGCCAACUGUGCUAAUGAUACUUGUGAUAGAUUCAAUGGUAGUUGUACGGAAGGAUGUCAAGGAACAUAUUAUGGAGACAUAUGUGAACAGAGUUGCAGUAAAGCAGGGAUGUAUGGAAAAACAUGUGGGAAGAACUGUUCUAGGAACUGUCAGGGAAACAGAUGUGACGUCAUCACAGGCACUUGCUUUGAAUGUACACCUGGAUGGAGAGGGUCAUUUUGUCAAAAACGUACUUUAG